GAAAAAAUAAGUGACUAAGUCUUAAGUUGCAAAGUUAACCAAUCUGCUGGUUUUCUGUAAAAUCACAUUUCUGCCAUAGCUACUAACUUGCCGUUCCAUCAAAAUGCAAUAGAUGGCAGAAGAAAGAAAAAGAGCACCUUUAACAGCAACAGCUCCAAUCAUUCUCUUUUAGUAGGGUAUCCCCCUGCACCAGUAUGUUAUGCACUACAGACAGAGAGAUGCCAAUAUUGUUGUGGGAGAGUUGUGUGUUUUACAACCUGGAGUUGUUUUUGUUACAGGAGUACAGAGUAGAGAUGCUGCCUGGUAUCAGACUCUCACUGCCCCCUUGAGUGAGGACCAGAAGAAACAGUUGCAGGAAAUCUUUACACUGACAGAACAACGGAAAAAUGAAGCAGAAUCCAAGAAAAUUGAAGGACAGGGUGGCUAUAAGUUUGACAUAACUGCACCAGUUCCCACAGCGUUCAAUUUUGGAGCAACCCCAGGGGACAACUGACCUACAGAUGGCAUUUUAUUAAACUUCAGGGCAUCAUGAAAAAAUUCUUCCAUCCAUCAGCAUUACUGAAGCUGUCGGUAGACCUUCGGUACUAGUGUUGAACCCUUCCAGUGCUGAAUCGUAACUUUAUCAUUUGAGGGUUUUGUCGGUGUUUAUUUUCUUCCUCAAGUGAACAGAGUGAAAAUCAUCUCCUCUCUCCCACCCUCUCCCUCUGCAGGCACUACGGGGAAAGGUUUGGUUAACUACCACCUCUCAGGUUCCCAAAAUACAGGCAUUUGACGGGUUAAUACAGAUACAUAGUGCCUUCUGUCGCAUGUGGAUUGCCUCAGAUUUUAGUUUGGAAAGAAGUGGCAUGAUUUUAAAGAAAAGUACUUUAACUUUUUUUUAAAUAUUUACCAGAGAUUUAAAAAGAAUCUGUUUAUUGCAGCUCUGCUAUUUUUAAAUUUACGUGUGGUAACUGUUUUAACAUUUAAAAUAUUAUCCUUGGUAAAAGAACCUGUGGGUUUCUGUGAUUUGUGAUUGCAGUGGUAGCCUUAGAGAAAAGAAUUGUAGCUCCGUUAAAAUUACGUGGAAAUUCAUAAGUCCAUCUUGGUGGACAAUCGUGAUUCCUUUUUUCUGAAAGGGGAAUAAAUUUUAAUAACCAUGCACCGUGGAAAAAUAUCAAUAUUCUAGCAGUAUGUUUAGCUGUUUAAUUGCAGACGAGAGGAUUUUAGACUUUUGAAAUGAAUUAUUUUCUUGUUUAUGUUAUUUAGAAUAUCAAAUACCCAUCUGGGUAAAACAGGAAUUGUCAUGGCCGGGUUACUGUACUUUUACAUUGGUUCUUUGAGAGAGCUUGUGAGUUUUCAUUCUCAACUAUCGGGUGCCUCAAUAAAACCUUUGGUUGAGCACA